AUGGCUCCAUUAGAAAGAGUUGCGACCCGAUCCCCAGCCUCUGCCGCCCGGAUAAGGGCGCAGAACCGACGCCGCGAAUACCUGCAACAGCAUCCCUCAUACUAUGACAACAUAGAACAUGAGCUCGCGGAUCCCGUCAUUUAUGAGCGCCUGGUAAAGAGGUUCCAAUCUGCCGAGGAACGCAGCAAGGAUGUCAAGGCAAAGGGCUAUGGCCGCACCCUCGAGGCGUCUCUCGUUAGAGGCGAGACAACGCUGGCGAACCUGCGUGCUGAGGAGCAGGACAACGGUGCCUCCACUGACGACAGCGCACAAGGUCGCAUGUCUCAGAAUGGUCCAGCUUCAAUGCCGAGCGGACUAGAUGCCUGGGAUGAUGAUGCGCGGGACAAGCAGGAAGGCCUCGAGCUGUGGCGGGCGUUCCUCGAAGACCGCUUCGUGCAUGGCCGAGAUGACGAAUUCGACUACAGCCUCGUCGACAGCGACGAUGGCUAUGACGCCCUGGAGAUCCAAGACGCCGAGGACCGUUGGUUCGACAAGGAAGAACCCAGCUGGGCUGAUGACGAUGCCGACGAGACUGAGACCCCUCACAACGGUGCAAGCGCCGGUGAGACAGGCAUCCAGGACUUUUGA